UUCUUUCUUUCUAAAACAAGAAGUUUUCAUAAAUAGUGUAAUUUCUUUCACAGAGCUCUGGUUUCAAAAUUAUCUGCAUCCCUACAGUUACCUGGUGAAGCCUCUUUCUGUAAUGUUUAAUCUUUAAAUAUUGUUAAUGGCUGUCAAUAAGGUGCCACAAAUGUUUAGAAGAUAUUAUUUGAAUAAAACAUUUUCUCUUAGAGGAAAGGUAGGUAUUUUAAAUAGGCUUUGAAAAGAAAUAGCCAGUAGAUGGCGCCAAAACGUAAACUGCAAAUGUGUGUGCACUUUAUAUAAUGAAUCUACAAAGACAAAUGUGUUUCAUAGUUAGGACAGUACUCUAUAGUAAGUAUUUCUGUAUUAAACAGUGAAUGCUGGGUAACAGUACUCUAUAGUAAGUAUUUCUGUAUUAAACAGUGAAUGCUGGGUAACAGUACUCUAUAGUAAGUAUUUCUGUAUUAAACAGUGAAUGCUGGGUAACAGUACUCUAUAGUAAGUAUUUCUGUAUUAAACAGUGAAUGCUGGGUAACAGUACUCUAUAGUAAGUAUUUCUGUAUUAAAUAGUGAAUGCUGAGUAACAGUACUCUAUAGUAAGUAUUUCUGUAUUAAAUAGUUUAAAUAGUUUAUUAACAGUACUCUAUGGGAAGUGAGGAAGGAUGAGGUCUGACAGCCAUAUUAGAAAGGAGUUAAUCCUUUAAUUGGCCUACAGUACUGCACUUGGCAAACAUAGUCAAGUGCUGAGGACAUUUCUCUCCUAUAGCCCACUGAGUUUUAUAAAAUGCCGCAUUUUGUUAACAGAGACCAGAUUUUUGCACACCAGGUGCACCUUAUGGAGCACAAACUCCGGAGUAAAGAAGAGCGGAUUUUAGAGCUGGAGACAGAGAAUGCUCUUCUUCACAUGAGACUUGCUGAGUGUAUGGGAAAACUUCGACGGGAUCAAGAGGAGGAUGUGAUUAUGGCAAAGAGGCACUGUCAACAUCAGGGAAAUGUGCAAAAGAGCACUGUUGUUCCCCUGGCCAAACUCCUCUCACACGUCCAGGCUCUGAAAAAAGAUUUGAGGGAUGUUUUUGCUGUAUACGUGGGCUUUGCCACAGAGCUGGAGAACCAGAGCAAACAGCUGUUGGAGUGGAUGGGCAUCAUCAGUAGAGCUGUCCAGGGUGACCAGGGUGAUGACACCCAGAGGCUACAGGCGGAGGUGGCUUCUCUGGAGCGCUCUCUACAAGAGGAAAAGGAGAGGCAUAGAUCAGAGCGGAUGAGGAGGAGGCAGCUACACAACACGCUAAUAGAGUUGAGGGGUAAUAUUAGAGUGCACUGCAGAGUGCGCCCCAUCCUGCCUUUUGACCACAUCCAAGGUUCUUUAUCCACUAACGGGCCCUCAUCCUCAGAAGUGGUGGUGCAGGCUGUUAGUGAUGACUCUGUUCUUGUGAAUUGUGCCAAGCCUGGGAUUCCAGUGAUGAACAAAAUGUUUGAAUUUGAGAGGGUACACGGUCCAGAGGACUCGCAGGAUGCUGUGUUUGAAGAAGUGAAGCCUCUUCUAACUUCUCUGUUGGAUGGGUAUAACGUGUGCAUCAUGGCAUAUGGGCAGACAGGCAGUGGAAAGACAUAUUCAAUGAUCGGAUCUCAAGAUGACGAUCCCACACAUCUUGAACAGGACUCCCAGGAAGGAAUUAUCCCCAAAGCAGCUAAUGAGUUAUUCAAGUUGAUCUCAGAGAAGCCAGCAGAAAGACACACAGUGGAGGUUUCCAUAAUGGAGGUUUAUAAUAACGAGCUGCUGGACCUUUUGGCCAAAGAUGAGGAUGGAGCAGCAGUGGGGGUUAAGAGAGAAGUCAUCACGACCAGCACAGGCACUAGCGAAGUGCCCUGUCUUACAUAUGAGUUGGUUCACAGCUCAGCAGAGGUGAUGCAGCUGCUCAGUGCAGUGUUGAGACUGAGGGCCCACAGUCCCACGCUAGUGCACAGAGACUCUUCCAGAUCCCACCUUAUUGUCACUCUCACUGUCACAUCCAAGAGCCCCAACCCUCAGGCACUGGCUCACAGGUUGCAGAGUGCAAGACAGAAUGUUCAGCGUGGACCACAGAAGCAGUGGUGGAGCCCCCGCUGCCCCAGAGCUGCAUCCUCUCGUUCUUCCAGCUCUGGUUCUUCCCCUCAGUCUUCCCCCUGCCAUUCACCAUGCCCUUCCUCUUGGCAUGUCAUACCCCAGGAACCUCUCAGAAUAAAGCUGCAGCUGGUCGACCUGGCAGGCAGUGAGUGUGCGGGCACAUCUGGGGUCAGUGGAGCAGCUCUGUGGGAGAGCUCCUGUAUAAACCGCAGUGUUUCUGCUUUGUCUGAUGUUCUGGGGGCUCUGGCAGAGCAACGUCCCCAUGUGCCCUACCGUAACAGCAAACUUACCCACCUUCUACAGGACUCCAUAGGAGGUGAUGCUAAGUUGCUGGUGAUGCUCUGUGUGUCUCCAACUCAGCACUUUCUGUCAGAGACUCUGCAGUCUUUGGGCUUUGGCUACAGAGCCAGACAGAUUCAGAGAGACACACCACACAGGAGGAAUGCUGGGCUGAAGAGGAAGUAAACUAGUAAAAUAGCACAGAGCAUAAAAUAUGACAGAGAUUAGACGUUUUACAGCUUUUAAGGGAUCAGCCUACGUGUGAGGUUUCAUGAGAUGAGGCCAGGUCAUGAGACUACACAGCACAGAUAUCACAUGGUGAAUAUGAGACACUACAUCUUUUUUUUAUGACGAGGAGGUAUAAAAUACUAGUAUUGCAUGUAAUUACUGCAUGUAUGGUAUAUUUUUAAUUUGGUAUUUUGAGGGUAAUUACUAUGUCGUUGAGACAUCUUAUGUUACUGGCUUGUAUAACAGGGACAGGUCAGAUUAAAUUCAGAAAGCAUUGUCUUCAAUAAACUAUUUACAGUUCUGAAGCACAGAACAAGAUGCAUUUUUUAAAUACAUAUUGUUGGGAUCAGUUAAGAAUACUUGGAAGGUAUUCAUCAGUUCAAGAGUUUUCUGUUAGCCAAAUGCUAAAUGGUAAGAUCAAGCAAUAGGAGAAUAGUUAACAUUCUUAAGGGAUAAUUCUCACUUUAAGCUUAAGUUAUGUCUAAGUUAUCCAGCCUGGUGACAUACCAAUUUUGUGUGUAAAUGGGCACUAGAAAAUUAGCCUCAUUCACUAGUUUGUGAUUUUGUAGUAUGCAAGAAGAUUCUGUAUAAACUGAAUACAGUACAUGCCUUUUCUAAUGUACAUUGUUCCUGCUCUUUCUUGUUGAAAUAAUUCCUGACCAUUUCAGGACACCUUUUUCCAGACUGAUUCUUUAAACUUUCUACACAUCUUAUGUUCAGUUUACUGUUUGUGUGGCGUUUGUCGCCGAUAUUAACAACACAAGUCGUCAGGCUUUUUGUUGAACAAUACACGUCCCUUUUAUUAAACACAUGUGAGGGGCAUCUCCAAAAACAAAACCGGAAGUUUUCCUGCCUUGCACAUGGGCGGUAGCCAAUUAAGUCAACUUAAACAAUUCCAUUUCACAUGACAGUUUGUAAAGGCCAUUAACUGUAUAAAAAUCAUGAAAUGUGAUAUAUUUUCUGAAUUCCUUUAAUUGUCCAGAUCUGGAAAUGCCAUACUUUACCAGACAGUAGGAGUGCACAAGAUAGUGAUGUGUCAUUGACGAAUGAGUCGACUCUUUAAGGUGAACGUUGGGAGUCGACUCUUAUCUAAAUAUAUCCUUCUGAUGAAAAUUUGUCAGCAUUCUUUAUUCGAGAUUCUCUAAUGCCAUUAAUCAUAUGCAGUGCAGUUGCGACCAAAGUGCAUCUAGUGAAGCUUAACAUCUGAAUUUGGUACAACAAUUUGUGAGGCAGCAUGAGUUUCCAACUGCAAUCAGAAUCUAUAUCUGAUAUCAUUGCUAUUAUUUAUUAUAUAUCACAAUUGUUCCACUCUGUUUAAUGCACCCUGAACUGCAUCCAGCUGCUAUUUCUACCUCCACUGUAAUGUAAAUGACACCUGAGCCUAAGGUGUAAUAUUUGUAUGUUUGUAUAUUAGGUGCAAUAUUUGUAUGUUAGGAUGGUAAUUGUGUUGUGUUGUCUGAGAUGUGUUGUGUUGAAUGUAUCGUGUUGUGACCAAACACCAAGACAAAUUCCUAAUACAUGUAAAUGUACAUGGCAAAUAAAAUGAUUCUGAUGCUGAUUUGGUGAUGUCCAUGGGUUCCAGACUUCAGGCAGUCAUUGACUACAAAGGAUUUGCAUCAAAGUAUUAAAAAUAAUCCUUAUAUUUAUAAUUUUGUUAGUUUGUCCAGUUACUUUUGAGUCUGUGAAAAUGGCGGGAUUAGACUAUGUAAAAAAUGGCUGGUUUUUUUUCCCAUUAGAUUUUAAAUCGCUUAGACUAUUAGCUUACAUAUUUUUAUAGACCUAUAAAAAAUCUUUAAGAAAAGGUUUAAAUAAAAAGCCAUAUAGGAGCCAGUAGAGUGGUGAGUAUUGGUGAGUAUUGACUGGGUUACUGAAAAGAGCCAGAAUUCCCAACGUGUAUGUUUUAGAGGUUUUACGUAUUAGUUUAGGUCAGGAAUG